AUUGUGGUACUGUAAUAAGUUUAUUAAUUUUAUCAAAAGUUACAAAAACUCUAGCCAUAUUACGUGCAACCCGAACAAGAACGUUUGAUGGACCACACGUUCAUGAAGUGUACAUUGAUGAAUGUCAGGAUAACCAGAUCAUAGAUUACGAGCUUAUCUUGAAACUCUUUGGUCAUGCUGAAAGUAUUUUUAUGGCAGGAGAUGUAGCACAAUGCAUUGCCCGAGGGUCUACUUUCCGAUUCCGGGACUUGUACGCAUUGAUUCACCGAUGGAAUCACAAUCCUUUAAAACCAAAAGAGUUCGAACUAAAUGUUAACUAUCGCUCCCACAAAGGGAUUCUUCAACUAGCUUCGUCUGUAAUUCACCUCCUCCAUGUAUUCUUUCCUGAUUCUAUCGACCAGCUGUCACCUGAAUUCAGUGAGGUUGGUGGUCCACAGCCUCUCAUCAUCGAAGGUUGUGAGGCUAAAGCACUGUUUGUCCAUAGAAAUGAUAACACAAAUACAGAUGAAUUUAUUGAAUUUGGAGCUGGUCAGGUCAUUAUCGUACGUGAUGAAGCGGCUAGAAAGCGUUUGGAGGCUAUAAAUAAGGAUAUUGGUUUGGUUUUGACUGUGUUUGAAGCCAAAGGCAUGGAGUUUAAUGACGUGCUAUUGUUUAAUUUCUUUAACGAUUCGCCCGCACUUUUAAAGUGGCGAGUAAUUCUCUCCGAUUUGGAUGACUAUUCCAAGGGGAUUCGAAAAUUCUCUCCUGAGAAGCAUUAUAUUCUUUCCUCAGAACUCAAGCACCUAUAUGUCGCUAUAACCAGAGCCAGAGAGCGUCUCUGGAUUUUUGAUGAGAAUGCUAAGUUGAGUGAGUCAAUCCGUACAUACUGG